UGCUCUUUGUGUGGGGUGGAUUAGCGGAUAGAGACCGAGCCCAGAGCAUCAAUUCUACUACACCGAGCGAACGCUAUUUCUCACAGUUUCUCCCCGCUUUGCACUGACCGCCCGUUAGUUUAAGAGCGGACAUGCAAUUAGCAGAUUGGGCUGUUUUGUGAGUGAACCUGUGUCGCCAUGACAACCCACGUGACCCUGGAGGAUGCGUUGUCCAACGUGGACCUGCUGGAGGAGCUUCCCCUCCCAGACCAGCAGCCAUGCAUCGAACCCCCACCAUCCUCCAUCAUGUACCAGGCAAACUUUGACACCAACUUCGAGGACAGAAAUGCGUUUGUCACUGGUAUCGCCCGCUACAUUGAACAGGCCACUGUGCACUCCAGUAUGAAUGAAAUGCUGGAGGAGGGGCACGAGUAUGCUGUCAUGCUGUACACCUGGAGGAGCUGCUCCAGAGCCAUUCCUCAGGUGAAGUGCAACGAGCAGCCAAACCGAGUGGAGAUCUAUGAGAAGACUGUGGAGGUUCUGGAACCUGAGGUCACCAAGCUCAUGAAAUUCAUGUACUUCCAGCGCAAGGCCAUUGAACGUUUCUGCAGCGAGGUAAAGCGACUAUGUCAUGCUGAGCGCAGGAAGGACUUUGUGUCUGAGGCCUACCUCCUCACUUUAGGAAAGUUCAUUAACAUGUUUGCUGUGCUGGAUGAACUGAAGAACAUGAAGUGCAGUGUUAAAAAUGACCACUCUGCUUACAAGAGAGCAGCUCAAUUCCUGAGAAAGAUGGCUGACCCACAGUCCAUCCAGGAGUCCCAAAACCUCUCUAUGUUUUUAGCCAAUCACAACAGAAUUACACAGUGUCUGCACCAGCAGCUGGAGGUGAUCCCAGGUUAUGAGGAGCUGCUGGCUGAUAUUGUCAACAUCUGUGUGGAUUACUACGAAAACAAGAUGUACCUGACACCCAGCGAGAAACACAUGCUGCUAAAGGUCAUGGGCUUUGGCCUAUAUUUGAUGGAUGGAAAUGUCAGCAACAUCUACAAGCUGGAUGCAAAGAAAAGGAUAAACCUUAGCAAAAUCGAUAAGUUCUUUAAGCUUCAGGUCGUGCCCCUGUUUGGAGACAUGCAGAUCGAGCUGUCACGAUACAUAGAAACAAGUGCUCACUAUGAAGAGAACAAGUCUAAGUGGACCUGCACUCAGAGCAGCAUCAGUCCACAGUAUAACCUGUGUGAGCAGAUGGUGCAAAUCAGAGACGACCACAUCCGCUUCAUCUCUGAGCUGGCGCGCUACAGUAACAGUGAGGUGGUGACUGGAUCAGGGCUGGACAGUCAGAAGUCCGAUGAGGAAUACAGGGAGCUUUUUGACCUGGCACUCAGAGGACUGCAGCUUCUGUCCAAGUGGAGCACUCAUGUCAUGGAAGUGUACUCUUGGAAACUAGUCCACCCGACUGAUAAGUUCUGCAACAAGGACUGUCCGGGCACAGCUGAGGAGUAUGAACGCGCCACACGCUACAACUACACCAGCGAAGAGAAGUUUGCCUUGGUGGAGGUCAUUGCUAUGAUCAAGGGUCUUCAGGUCCUGAUGGGCCGGAUGGAGAGCGUGUUCAACCAGGCCAUCAGGCACACAAUCUACUCUGCCCUGCAGGACUUUGCACAAGUGACCCUGAGAGAGCCACUCAGACAGGCUGUGCGCAAGAAGAAGAACGUCCUCAUCAGUGUACUUCAGGCAAUUCGUAAAACCAUCUGUGAUUGGGAAGGAGGAAGAGAACCUCCUAAUGACCCCUGUCUGAGGGGAGAGAAGGACCCCAAAGGAGGAUUUGACAUCAAAGUUCCUCGUCGCACUGUUGGCCCCUCGAGCACACAGCUCUACAUGGUGCGCACCAUGCUGGAGUCUCUCAUCGCUGAUAAAAGUGGCUCUAAAAAGACUCUUCGUAGCAGUCUGGAUGGCCCCAUUGUUCAGGCCAUAGAGGACUUCCACAAGCAGUCUUUCUUCUUCACCCAUCUCCUGAACUUUAGUGAGGCCCUGCAGCAGUGCUGUGAUCUGUCCCAACUGUGGUUUCGAGAGUUCUUUCUGGAGCUCACCAUGGGCCGUCGCAUCCAGUUCCCCAUUGAGAUGUCCAUGCCCUGGAUCCUCACCGACCACAUUCUGGAGACCAAAGAGCCCUCCAUGAUGGAAUAUGUGUUGUAUCCGUUGGACCUUUAUAAUGAUAGUGGUUAUUAUGCCCUCACCAAAUUCAAGAAGCAGUUCCUCUAUGAUGAGAUCGAGGCUGAGGUCAACCUGUGUUUCGAUCAAUUUGUGUACAAGUUAGCCGACCAGAUAUUUGCCUACUACAAAGCAAUGGCUGGAAGUGUCCUCCUAGACAAACGCUUCCGUGCGGAGUGUAAGAACUAUGGUGUGAUCAUUCCAUACCCGCCUUCAAACCGCUACGAAACACUGCUCAAACAGAGACAUGUGCAGCUGCUGGGUCGCUCCAUUGACCUGAACAGAUUGAUAACCCAGAGGAUCUCAGCAGCCAUGUACAAAUCCCUGGAUCAGGCCAUCAGCCGCUUUGAGAGCGAGGACCUCACCUCCAUAGUGGAGCUUGAAUGGCUGAUGGAAAUCAACAGGUUGACUCAUCGCCUGCUCUCAAAGCACAUGACCCUGGACAGUUUUGACGCCAUGUUCCGUGAGGCCAACCACAACGUGUCUGCUCCAUACGGCCGCAUCACACUGCAUGUCUUUUGGGAACUCAACUUUGACUUCUUACCAAACUACUGUUACAAUGGCUCCACCAACAGGUUUGUGCGGACAGCCAUUCCCUUUACCCAGGAGCCUCAGAGGGACAAACCUGCCAAUGUCCAACCUUACUACUUGUAUGGCUCUAAGCCUCUGAACAUUGCCUACUCCCACAUCUACAGUUCCUACAGGAACUUUGUGGGUCCUCCGCAUUUCAAAACAAUCUGCCGUCUUCUUGGUUACCAGGGCAUCGCUGUGGUGAUGGAGGAGCUGCUCAAGAUUGUCAAGAGCUUGUUGCAAGGCACCAUCCUGCAGUAUGUGAAGACCCUCAUAGAGGUGAUGCCCAAGAUCUGCCGUCUCCCUCGUCAUGAGUACGGAUCACCAGGCAUCCUGGAGUUCUUCCACCAUCAGCUGAAGGACAUCAUUGAGUAUGCUGAGCUCAAGACAGAUGUGUUUCAGAGUCUGAGGGAGGUGGGCAACGCCAUUCUCUUCUGUCUGCUCAUCGAGCAAGCUCUGGUGGUAAGGAAUUAGGCCUCAUUCAUGUAACCGAAACCACAAACUGACUGAACGCACACUCUUCCUGGUUUUUAUACUUUUUCUUUAGUCACUUUUGUGCCGUGUUCUGCCAUGGAUUCAAGGAUGCUAGUGUCACCGAGACAAGAGAAUAAAACCCGAAAUGUAGUACGGAGCUGUGAACGUCUGGACUCUGCACACUCCCACUUGGUUAAUACAAAGAGGCUUGUUUAGGAUUAUUUCCUCUAAAGCAGGGAUCCUCAAAUCUGGCUCGCGAGAUCCACUUUCCUGCGGAGUUUAGCUCUAACCCUAAUCAAACACACCUGAGCAUGCUAAUCAGUGUCUUCAGGAUCAUUAGAAAAUCACAGGUAAGUGAGAUUGAUCAGGGUUGGAGCUAAACUCUGCAGGAAAUUGGAUCUCGCAAGCCAGAUUUGAGGAUCACUGCUCUAAAGGAAGUCUUCCUUGCUUUCAUGGCAGUCACGACUCCUCUCUGGCUGCCUGUGACGUCCUGUGCUGGUGCACAUCUGCUUCCAUACACUUCUCUUCUUCUGACUGUAACUCUUCUGAUGCCUGUUUCUCUUGUGUUUCUGUUUGGGUCUCUCUCUCUGAAGCAUAGUGAAUGUGUCGGAUGAUCAUUGCACGCUGAUCUCUCAUUAACAUUGUUUCUGUCAGGAUUCUCUUCUGGUCGUCUCUCUCUUCUUGUUUGGGUGUUGUUCGGUGCUUGUUUUAUUCUUGUGAAUGAAGUGAUUUUUGCUCAAAUAUGUGUACCUCAUUGAUUGCCAUAAGACCUUUAUACUUUCAUAUUGCAUUUAGGGUUUACACCACCUGCCACAAUAAUAAUUUAACACAUAUUUUUUAUCUUUCUGGGUUUAUAUCAGUAAAUAUUGAUGUAGAGAUUUAAUAAAAUGCAUAUUAAUAGUUAGGGAUGUGCAAACCUACAUUUUGUUAUCUACAGUUGGUGGAUUGUGCAUCCACAUGACCAAUUGUUUUGUUCCGAAACAUCUAGAUGGAGUACAACAGACUGAAACAUAGAACUUUUUUUUUUAAGUUAACAUCUUAAAUGUUUCUCAAGGCAUAAAAUACUGACGGAAAAAGUGUCGCAUGUCGCAACAACCAAGGACAAUCUGCAUACAUGCACAGACCGACAUCAAAAAAUAGUGUUAAAUGAAUAAAAUAAAGAAUAUGCCACCCUUUAACCAACAUGUAUAUGUAACAUAACAUAUAUUUAUGUAAAACAUUUUAUUGCACAAAACUAUCAAAGUUCUCACAGAAAUAUGCAUAUUAUAUGUAUAUAUUUAUAAAUAUAUAAAUAUGAGACUAUUCCUGAUAAUAGGAAUGCUGUUCACUGUAGGUUAAUUAAAGGAAAUUGUUUCAAGUUGUUUUGAACGGUUUCGAACUUUGAGUAGAUUCAGAAAGUGCUAUUUAUGAUCAAAUUACUGGAUGAGAUCCUUUUAUCAGCACUAUAUUUGGUAUAAUCAGUUACCAGUAUUCAGACUGAGCUUCUCAGUCAACAUCAAUUCUACAUAAAUAUCAUCAUAUUUAGGAUCAAACUGUUACAUUUUCACAUUUUCAUACAUAUUACGACUAACCCAUUUUCACACUGUAUGUGAUGUUUGUUCUAUGUAAAGCUUGAUUAGGAUUUCAUUUAACAGUGUGAUAAAGAAGCGUUUUUCAUUCAUUCCUCCUCGUGUUUUUGUGUUGUUUGUUUGA